AUGGAUUACGAUUUCGGCGAUCACUUUGACCACGAUGACAAAGACGACUGGAACAACGACAAUGGAAUGUGAGUACUCUUUUGCAUUAACUCGAGGUACUGACACAUAAUGUAUCAUGCGCAGAAACAGCAUAACCUUGUUCAAAGUUCCAGGGCACAGUGUAAAAACCGAUUAAAAAGCAAAAGCUAGUGCAGAUUGGUUGGUACCGACAAGGACGUAGGAGACGGGAGUGGCAAUUUCAGGCCUAAUAGCCAUCGUCAGCAAGUCUUACCUUACUUUGGGUUUGGGAGCAUUAAAAACGUAACACAGGGUUUUUGGUUAUUAAGAGCUAAUAAUUCUGACGGUCCAACCACUCAUUUACAAGACAGAUGUCCUGUUGGCCGCGAUCAGGCGAAGUGACUACGGUUUGAAAUUCAGGUGCCCCCAAACCUGUGAUUGGGUAAGGCUGACUGACUGAAUACGUCAGAAAUGCUCAUCUCGAAGUCUCCUAUUUUGUUCUGUACAAUACACACCAACAUGUACUAGUAGUCUUCAUGCGACUGCCUGUGUGAGGUCCGGAGCGAAACUCAGAACAUAACAGCACGAGCAACUGUUCCGUUAAAAGCUGGAAUUUUGUGAACUUCAAUUUAGGAGGGUUUGAAAUUUUAAACCCCAAAAGAUAGAAUUUGUUUACAAACCCCUGUUCGAAUUAGGAUCGACAUAUGGCCGACAUGAUUGCGAAGAAUUGGGGAAGCAGCUAGAAAAAGUAACUGCGCAUUUUCCAUGAAGGAUUACAUUGACAAUGUAUUUGUCGGUCAUUUUACGGAACAUACUAUUUCACCGUUGCGCCCUGGGGCUCAGUCGGUAGCCCAAACCGGCAGUCGCACAGGAACCGCAAAUAUAUGAUUAAAGAGAAGCCAAAUACGACAGGGCAGACGGGGCUAACGAUUUCUGAUUCGUUGGAGACCUAUAACCGAUUCCAGGUUUUGUAUGAUCCGGGAUCUUAGUGCCAUUGCAGCCAGUACGACGGCAGAUUUCUGACUAAACUGCAGCGAGUUUAACUUAAAAAGGAUAGGCGACCAGGGAUGCUGGGCUCAAAUCCCAGCCCCUGCAGACUAGCGGUUGGUAAGACUGACUAUUGAAGACUAACAUAAUUGAAAAAGCUCAACCUCAGACUCUCUUUUCUAUGCCGAUGCUCCUCUUAUAAAUAUUGAGCUAUACGUAUUGUAGGCGGUGUCAUCGCGAGAGCCCUGAACCGAGAUGAUGGCCUCAUGAUUAAAAAAAGGAGCAGAGAGAUGGGCAUUUCCCGCUUAUUUGCCUUGAUCAGCCAGUCAGAAUGCAACUCAAAGUUGUGGAGCACACACGCGAACUCCCAGAAAAGGAGCCCCAAGCAACGUGCUCAUCACUGCAUAAUCGGGUUUCGUUAGGUCCACUGACGGCGGUGAUCUCUAGUCACAUGAUUAAGUUGCGUGACCCAAGCUGGAGAUGAAAACCACGCUGCCUCGACGCAGAGGCCCACAUCUCAAAAAGGUAGUUGCAGGGCAACUGCAAAUUAUCAGUCGACACGUCUUCAUUGACAAGACUGAGGAUGCGAAUGUCCUUUUUAUGACUUAUCUGUCGUCAUACGACAGAGAUAUUAUAACCCCAGGACUACACGCCGGCGGUCUUAAUUCCAAUCAUGCGCUUAUUCGGCAGCAGCCUAGCUAGUGCACUCCAGGCUCCAGAUAGCACCGAAUGCAAUCGCGAAUACUCCUUGGCAUAACAAUGCCAUACAACGGCCAAGCCUCAGUGUUGGCUAGUCGUCUAGGCCUUGUCAUCGUGGACUGAUGACGAAGAACUUCAGAGGACCGUCAUAAUCCUUAGUUCUAUUUCACAGUCAGGUUGGACUGGCGUAUAACUCUUCGGGUACUGUGUGCGAUGUAUGAAAGAAAGGGUGAAAUGCUGAACACAUUUAAGAUGCUAAAACGUCAUGUCUUAGUUGUAGUACAACAUGUAUUUUUGCAUUUCCAAAUCCUUGUAGGUUGUACGUUGCCGGAGUGGCAUUGUUGUGCUUUGGUGUAUUAUUUGUCCUUAUUGGUGGAAUCUGCGUCUCCUGCGCCUGCUGUUCUCGUGAGGCCGCGCAUAGAGAUAGAGAAUUUUCGACCGAAACUCUACAGCAGGUAACUGUUUGUCCUUAUGCGGAGCGCACUUCAAAGGGUUUUAAACCCCGAACAACUGCAAUCCCUACCACCAGUUUUUUACUGAGUUUUAAGUUUCCGAAUUAUAGGCUGUUCACCUUUUAGGCGUGUAAAAUUAGUCAGUCAUUCACGCUGUCAGGAUGCCAUGCGAUACAGAAAAUGUGUGCAGUGCAUGUGGACUUUGUUAUGCUAUUCAUAAUGUUCGCUGUCGUCGUGAAUUAAAAGAUACUUUACGCAAAAAAAUGCAUAAAAGCAAGUUUUGUAUGCCCAAAUAGUAAAACAUUGUAUGCACUUAAACGUAUAUGCUUUAAAAAGGAUAUUUUCGGUUUUUUAAAGUUUUCGAAAUAUAAACGUUUUCAGGAAUCUAAAAGUGUCCAUUCAUAAAGUGUCGUAUGUGCCCAUUUAUCAUAGCUGCCUGUUUAAUAAACAAGAUAUUCGGUAUCCAUUUGAGCGUUUCAUGAGACCUGUGUUGCCUUAUUAAAUCACAUGGAAAAGUAGGAUAUGUCGUGAACGAAAAUGUACAGUUUACAGAUUGAAAAUCUUAACCGCAAGUACGAUGAAAAACCAGGCUCAAAACUACUCGGGAUAUUAAUAGUAUUCUAAAGGCAGGCGGCAUCAUUACAAGCGUAAAAUUUAGCAAAAAUGUUACUUCAAUCAAAAGAACAACAAAUGAGCAUUUUCCCAAAACAUAUUUGAAUUUGAAGGGACGUCUAAAAUCAACACAAAAUUUAAUAAAUAUAGGCAGUCAUCUUUGCAAAAUGCAGUUUUUGCAGCUAAGCAAAAGAAAUACUUUCGAGAGCCAGAACCUGUUUUUGAACCACAAGGACGUUGUGAAAUUAGGGGUAACUAUUCUCGCAAUGUAUACCUAGUGCAUAGAGUAGGUGGGAUAACUCAUGAAAUGUCAGUCUAAAUUUCGAAAAGAUUAAUUAAGUAGGGUUGUCAAACUGCUCUUCAUGCAGCACAAUUCUAUAAUAAAUCUGUUACCCCAUGGUGCCAGCUUUCGAAAGAACUUACGUCUGGCCGCAUGCAGAUUCAUUCUCUGCAAAAAUGACCACUUCAGUAGCAUGUAUGUUUCUUGUUGAUUUUUGAAGCCAUGAAUCAUUCAGUUAUAUUUCAUGGAAAAUAUGUAUAAGAAUAUUUACUCUCCUGCUCAUUCAAUAAAAACGACGUAUUCUUUCGAUGUUAUAUUCAAUAGAAGUGUUUGAUUUGGUUUUUGAAAAUUUUCUAAUUAAGAGAUUUUACAUACCGUGAUGGCCGUUCAUAAAACGUCAUGUCUCUGCAUAUACCAAUGUGGUCUGUAAAGUUAACAAUAUGCCUUUAAUCAACUGCUAAAUUCUGUAAGCCCAUACGGUAUUCUCAUAAAAUCGCGGAGAAAUGUAUAGUUUGCCGUAUGCGGAAAAUAUAAGACUUGUAGUUUGGGAACCCUUAAUAAAUGUGUAACGGCAGGUUGCUUUCAAAAUUAUUAGGGAAUUUAAAGUUUUAAUACCACAUUAUACUCUUUCCUGGAGCGUUUACUUGAAACUGAACUUAACUUUCUACCGGAUGAGCAUAAGAAUAAAUAUUUUAUGCAUGCUUUCCAUGAAAUAUAAUCAAAUGUUUAAGGGCAUCGAAAAUCAAUGAGAAAAAACAUGGUACUGAAGUAGUCAUUGUUUGCAGAGGAUGGUUCUUGCAUGCAACCGUCAAGGAGUUUAUUCGAAAGUCGGCACUCUGACGUGACUGAAUUAGUAUAGAAUUACACCGUACGAUGAACAGCUGUACUACCCUACUAAGUUAAUGUUUUCGAAACGAGAACGCAUUUCGAAAUUGGGACCGACAUUUUAUAAGCUAGCCCCCCCUACUGCGUAUCCGUCACUUGGCAGGGUUUAUAAAUCUUCUCAGACGAUUGGCAAGUGGUAUAAGUAUUCGAAACAUAUAUCCCUUGCAUAAGAAAAAGAAUUUACAUCGGUUCGGCAGAUACCCCACUAAACGUAUUUUAACAGGCUAGUACACAUGCCGCUUUAUUCAAGGGAACACAUUGUACGGAUCAGUACCUGUCACAAUUUAUAAUAUUACCCUUUGUCAAUUUAGGCCUAACAAUAAGUGAAAGACACUGAGCAGAUGUUUGCAUUUCGACAAGGCCGGAAAAUGUUUGUACCUGAAAUGGAAAUAUUGAUGCCAUCAAUAAGCCUGUGUUUGGUUUUAUCCAUAAGGUGACGUUCAGUAGGCUUUUAAUAUAAUGCUCAAAAUAGGUCCUCAAAAUUCACAUUUACAUUUAAGUACAUAUUUGUGGGAUGUGGUUCACUAAUGUGAACAUUUAAAUAAAAUAAAAUUCAAUGUAGCAAAAUCCAUCAACUUAAAUUUUCUAGCUUUUGACUUGCCAGCAGUACGUUGUUAAACAAAUCUCUUUGCGCAUUACGUUCAGGAAACGGCUUGCAUUUGUGAAAACGAUAGUCCCCUUAUCAGUUUGAAGUAAUGUAGGCACGUAAAGUCCCAUUUAGUCGAUCUUUAUAAGUUCUAUAAUAAUCAGCUUGAAAAGGAACACACGUUCAUUUACUCAGCAGGUGAGUUUCAAUGCGUGACCUAUCCGAUCAAAGAUCGCAAACUGUGAACUUAAAUCGUUGUAGCGCACGAAACGCACAUCCCGCAACAAAGGAAGUUAUACCGCGCUAAAUGUACGACUUAGCUUCAAAAUAAGGCAUAGUUUAAUCUAUAAAGUAUUAUUUAUUGACUUAAAAAUGAUUUUUUUACGAAAUUUUACCGAAGUAGAAAACCGACUUCAUGACAUGCCAACUAUUUAAGGCCUAACAUACCUGCCAGCGGGGAAGAAAUACGUCGCAAAACGACAAAAUUGAUAGAAAAUACCUAAAUUUUCAACGUUUCAGUACUUCUUUGAUUGUCGUUUAGCUUUCAAAGUUGCCGUACAUCGCCAGGGCAUGGAUACUACCAAGUUGUCUAAGGCGGUUUGGUCUAUAUAAUUGUAAAGCUAAAAAUUCAAGCUUCUGCUCCACAGAAAGAUGUCUUCACACUUUGUCUUAAUUUCUUUUGAAUAGUGCAAAAAGAUUUUUAAUGAAAUUUAGCCCAGGGCUGUUGGCCGGAAUAAAAAUGCUUUGAAGGCCAGGCAGAGGGGCUGAUUGUGAUCUAAAAUAUCAGACUAUAGUCGUGAGCUUAAUUAGAAUCAUACCUUCUUUGAAAAAUGGACAGGAGCAUUAUCCUCCAAAAUUAGUGCCCAUUCGACGCUUACAGAUGCCGUUGUAAUUGAGGGCAUCUUUUACGAUGUCGAUGAACACCUUGCUAUUUAUCCUCUCUGCUGUUGAACGCCAGACUGGUCGCUCUCCGAAUUUGAUGGCCAUCCAAACCAUCAGGCGUCGACAGAUCUUGAUGGGAGUUUCUUCCCACAUAUGACUCCCUUGGCCGAAUUCGGAGGUUUGUCUAGAAGUAGGACCUCAUAACAAACACCAACGCUUUUCCCGAAGAAAUGUCUGUGAUCAACAUAUUUUUGAGCAAACAAAAAAUGUUCUGAAACAAGUUUUCUAGUAAAAAAUGAGCUUUGUAUUAGCGUGUUGGUGAUGAAGACUAAACAUUUUAAUUUUAUUUCUAAUUGUGCGCAAAGAAAACAUUCACAGAUGUUCUCUAUAAAUAGCGUCAAAAGGCAACUUAUGAUAGUUUUUUAGUGUCCGACGAAGGAAAUCGCAAUCAUGCUUGCUUGCUUGUGAACCGUUUAGGCUCACCUUGCGUAGUUCUAGGCCCUGUUUUAUCAUUCAUAAUUCUCCAGAGAGCGACUUGGCUAAUAUUGAAAGUACUAGCUAGCGACUGAUGUGGCAGCCGUUCGGCUGCCAGUUUUCGUAUCUGCUCAAACUCAAAUUUCGAUAGGAACUAAUUGGACAUCUUUGCUGCAAGGCGUGGCAAAGAAACUUGGCAGCAUGUAACGCACGAUCUACAUAUAAGUGUUUUUUGCCUACUAUUUCCCGGUACAGUAAAGCACACAAAGUCGAACAAUCUUAUGUCAGCGUUAACGAAGUGACACGUUACAGUUUUGUUAAAUUUAAUUUAGGAACAGCAAUUAACUUUUUGGUUUUUAGAAAUAAUGUGUUUUUACAUACCUUCCUUGAUUUUCGUGAACUUAAAAUUACGAUUUUUAUUUCCAGUACGCUCUUUGAUAUUUUUUCUUGCAACAUGAACUUUUACUUAUAACGCAACGCGUGUAAAUAAGAGGUUUUAAUAGGGAAUAUAUAUAAGAAUAUGAAAGCAAGCGCAUGUCUGAAGACGUCAAAAAUUUCCUAAUUAGGGUCCGUUUUUGCUCACUAAAAACUGUAUCAGCAUGGCCUCUUCAUUAGAAAAGGGCUUUUUAGGAUUUCAAUCAAUUCUUAAAACAAAAAUAACCGCAAAAUAUAUUGCAUUCCAUCAACUCAAUUAAUGAUCCCGCAAUUUCAUUAGUUAGGUCAUUAACGUCUAGAUAAGGAAGAUGCAAUAACUGGGAAAACAUUUUUUAUUCAUAAAAUUCGCCUAUUUACGCAUAACUUUAGCCAACCCAGCAGCCUCAGCCGCAGUACCCGCCUCAACCGCAGUACCAACCUCAACCGCAGUACCCGCUCCAACCUCAAAAUCCACCUCCUGCCGCCACUCAACUGCCUUACCCCCAGCAACCGCCGUCUUACGAACAGGUCGUGAACAUUCAACAAAACCCUGCUUAUCCGACCGCACCCUCUGCUCCGGCAGCAGAAGAAAUCAAAAAAGCGGCAUACGAAUAA